UUGAACGAGUUGCACCGAGUUUCAGCAACCAAUAUAAAAUGCGAAUCAAAAUUUUUAUGAUUAUAUGCCUUUUGCAUAAAACAAAUGCGCAACUGGCAAGAGAUUGGAGUUUCCAAGAAAUGUGCAAUUUUUGGGGUGGAGAGAAAACUUAUCAUGCAAGAAAAGAUGGAUUUAAGUCGUUAGAAGGUGACAAGUGUACGUUCAAUUUUCCAAAAGCCUCCAAUAAUCAGGAAUCUGCUCAGCAGUACUGUGAAGACAAUGUCCCUUAUCAUAUCAAUAAUGCAGAAGCAUCAGAAUAUAAAACAACCUGUGAAGCAGAAGCAACAUUAAUUUGUAAAAGUGGAUGGGUUCAGAUGUUUGGAAGGUGCUACAAGAUCACUAAGACGAUGAUGACACGUGAUAAAGCUGAAGAACAUUGCAAGAAUCAACAGGAUCAUACAUCGACAAUUGCAUUCAUGCAUAGAGAAGCAUUGCCUUUUAGAUGGAAUGAUUACUUCACUCGUGUUUCUCGUAUCUGGAUGGAUGCAAGUAAAGUUAUCACGAAUGAUUUGAUCUAUGACAUCGAAGAUGGUAAUGUUCUUCUGGCAUUCGAUGGAUAUAAAUACAAUCUUCCAAAUGUUGCAAUUGCUCGUGUUCCUAAGGAUGAAACUGCAAUGGUUCUAUGCGAGUACACUCCACCAAUGACAAAAUCAGAGAGCAACUACUUGCUCAGAAGAUAUGGGGAGAUCUAUUAUCCACCUCUUGUCACAUCAGAAUCUGUGUACAUGAGUACAACAAGCAGUCGAAUCCGUGAUGAAACUGAUCAAUUUGCUGACAACAAGUACUGUACCAAUGUGAUGCGUCCUAUAUUCAGAGGAUUAGCUGCUCGAUCAGCGUUUCCUACUAAAGAAUUUGUGGACAAAUUGGAAAAAGAAGCAGCUAUAAUUAGAUCAGCCACAGUUUCACAGAGUGCGAAUCAAAAAGGCAGAGAAGAAUCGGAGUGUGUAGUCAAUCAAAAACCAAUUCACCAAGUGUUUGCUAGUGGUCAGGGUGGAAAGACUUUGAAUGUGAAAAUAGAUCAAGCAUUAUGGAGAAAGGGUGAACCAAAAGAAACAUGUGAUGCCGCUUCUUGGAGUUCAGCAAUAGUUUUGAGUCGUGAUGGAGAAAAGGGACUUGAAACAAUGUCUGACGCCCGUUACGCUCCUAUCUAUUGUGAAGCUAUCCUAGACAAGUAUGAGUAUGGGCCCUGUCCUGCAGGAUUUUUACAAUAUGAUCGUACUGAAUUAGGAAUACGGUGGUGCCACAAACUCUAUUCGGAAUUAGAAACAACGUACGAUGAUGCAGAGAAGGAAUGCUUGUCAUUAGGGGCUCAUGUUUCCGGUUUUUCGGAUUUGAAGGAAAAAGACUUCAUGCACGACAUGAUAAUGGCCUCUCCGAUCAAAAAUAAGACAUUCAAUCGAGUGUGGAUUGGAGCUCAGAGAAGACCGGAAUGCAAUACUUUAGGUGUCGAAGGUAAAACCGGUGGAUUCGAUACUGAUGACUCCAAACCAUGUGCCCGUUCCCGCGUGUUUUAUUGGCUUCAUGGAGUUGCCCUGAAUCCACCAGAUUUCAUUGAGCACUGGGCGGAUCCCAAUGAACCGAAUUUUCUUGGAGAUAAAGAGAAGUGUGUUGUUGUAAUGACAGGAAGUGAGUGGACUCAUUGGAAAUUUGGCAUAAACAAAAAAAUCAAUGAUGUUUCCUGUGGCAGACGUUAUCCAUUUUUCUGUGGAAAAGAAGCACCGAUUGUAAAAGUGACCAAGUGAACGGCUCUCAUUCUCUACAGUUUAAUAAAUAUUGAUAUAGAACA